UCUGGCCCAUUUCAUAAGAUAUUGCAGCAAGAUGGCCCAAAAGUUAUUUUUUGAAAGAAUGAAACUACAUGUAACAUUUCCUUUCACACUGAGGGCAAUAAAAACAUGUGCAGCUUGGAUUCUAGUAAGGCAUAAUUAUGCAAGAUGCAAACUUUGGUGAGAAAGCAUUGUACAUGUGCUACUCUCACAUGUGGGCUCUCCUGUUUUUGCUUCUUUGUUCUCUUUUUCAAGUUGUCCCUUUUUGAGAACUGUGCAUUUAGAAAAUGUACAAUAUGUCACUUGUGCUUGUUUUUAAAAAAAUGUUCCAGAAACUUUUGUCUGGCCACAAGAAUGCCAUCUCCUACCUCGGGUGUACUAUCAAUCAGAUUGCCCCUAGCAUUUAUGAAGUGCUUAUUCUGAUGGAAUACUGCCGAGAGGGCCAUGUUGUGCAGCUUAUGAAUGAACACAUCAGUUCAGGUUUCAGUGAAUCAUUAGUGCUGAAGGUAUUCACUGACACCUGUGAAGCUGUCGCCAAGCUGCAUCAAGCUGACCCACCUGUUAUUCACAGGGAUCUUAAGGUUGAGAAUAUUUUACGCAGUGACCGUGGAGACUUUGUAUUAUGCGACUAUGGCAGUGCAACUAGAAAAGUUGUUUAUCCACAGGAUGAAGGUGUUACCAAAGUAGAAGAGGAAAUACAAAAGUAUACAACAUUGUCUUAUCGAGCUCCUGAGAUGGUUGAUUUAUAUAGUGGCAAAUCAAUUUCAACUAAAGCUGAUAUCUGGGCUCUUGGAUGUCUUCUUUACAAGCUAUGUUUCUUUACUCUCCCCUUUGGUGAGAGUCCACUGGCCAUACAGAGUGGUCAGUUCACAUUCCCUGAAAGCUCUCGCCAUUCAACUGAACUCCACAGACUCAUCAGUUACAUUCUUAACCCAGACCCAGACAGCAGACCAGAUAUCUUCCAAGUGUCCUACGUGGCAUUUAAACUCAGAGGAGUUGACUGUCCUGUUGUUAACACAAAGGGUGUUAAAAUACCAGACUCUCUUCCUGAAGUGUCUCCUGAAGGACAGCAGAAGGUAGAAAACACUGGCCGUGUCACUCCUAAAGCAAGGCUACCUGAAGGUCCGGUCACUACAUCUCUUGCUCCUCGUCAGCGACCACGGGCGGGCCAAGGUGCUCAGCAGUUGACUGCUGCUCAGGCCUCAUCGCAUCUGAGCCACAUUGCAAGUCCUCAGCAAAGCCGCAAGCAAUACACUCAAGCACAAAGAGGAACGCUAGAUGUUCAGCAGGCUCAUGGCUUGAGUCACAUGGCCAGUCCCAGACAGAACAGAAGGAACAUCUCGCAACAGCAACCGAUGGGCCCAGAACAUUAUGCAUCAAAUCAGCAAUCCCAAGUAAACGUGAGACAACAGGAUCCCAGAGGAGCUGCUGCUCCAGCGAGAGCAGACCUAGUCACUGGACAGUAUAUUGGUGUGGCCCCAGCUUCAGCAGUCUUCCGUCAAGCCCAGCAGGGUCCACAAUAUGCUUAUCAGCAGCAAAUAGCUAGGGAUCAGUACUUGCAGCAGCAGUAUCUACAACAACAGCAGUUAGCCCAACAGCAAUACUUACAACAUCAACAACAACAGCAGCAGAUGUUACUUCGACAGCAGCAGCAACAACGAUUACUUCAACAGCAACAACAGCAACACCUGCUUCAGCAACAACAAUUGGCUCAGCAACAGUUGAACUAUCACAGGGAGGUUCACUCAGGGCAACAAUACCCGCCUGCUGCCCAGCCGCAUCCCGUCCAACAGCAGCAAAGUCUAGCCCAACAGUUGUUUCACGACUCUGACCAGUGCCAGCUCAAUCCAUUUUAUGACUACCAACCGACAGCUCAGUCUGACUACGGUCCUGUCCAGCCGCAUGUAUCAAUUCAGCAUUCUCAAGAAGUUAGACCAGCCGUGUCACAAGAAGCAAAGCUAGAGAACAUCAGUGAUACCAGAUUGUUACGUCCACGCUACAUGUCACACAACCGCUCCAGGUCUGAUCCUAAUUUUGCAGGUGUCAGUGAAAGGAACGGGCAGGUUCAAACAGCAUCUUUUACUCCUGUGCCAAACGGGAAAACCUCUUAUCACUCACACUAUCGAAGUCCAAGUGACCCUUCUCUUAACCUCACCAAGGAGACUCAACCUACAGAUAUGCCUCUAGUUGACAUUGAGUCCAACGAUGUAUCCACACCUCACUGGAAUCCGUUUAGUCCAUUUUACCAGUCUAAAGAGCAAGAUUUCUUAGCUAACCCUAGCGAUGUUACUGAUGACGACUUUGCUUCACUGCGUGAGAGUGAAGUGGAUAAGUCUCGUGGUGACCCUAAUGCAACCUAUCAUGUAGCCAACGUUGUUAACCCACAAACAUCUAAUGUGCACCAAGAGGCUGACAUGUUUGGAGCUACUGCAUUUGGUAGCCACGUGCCAGAGUCCUACCAGCAAAAUGCUACCUUUGAAAUUGUAGAUCAGGAAGAUUCCUCUUCCCAGUUUAGAGACGGUAAUAUUGUUGAUCCACAGCAAAACGUAACCCAAAUUGUGCAGGAAGGUAAUAACCCAUUUCUCCAAGGCUAUCGUACCUCUGAUAUCGAGCAGCAUUUGAAUAUGGUGGAUCAGGUGUCAAGCGAUAGUGAACCAGAGGGCGGUGAGUUGCCAGAGGUCUCCAACUUUAACCCACCUCUCUCACCGGGGAUUUCUGAUCCAUUCGGUGCUGCACCCUUUGUGGUCCAUAAAAGUAAACAACUGCCACCACCUUCGCCUGAUGCAUUUGGUUCUUCGCCAUUUACUGUUCCUUCUCCAUCGCAACCAAAAAGCAACGAUGAACAAUUGACUAAGAGACCUACGGACGAUCAUCUUUCCGAACAGGUAGCAGAUUCAUUUGGCCUUUCAAGCCCUUAUCCUGCGGUAAAUGCAGGUGGCACAGUGGCAGGAACUUCUAAUGUAUUGGCUUCAUCGCCAUUUAUUGGAAAUGUUGAGCGCGACGCAGCUCAAGGUUCUGCGUUCGAGGAUCCGUCCGGUUUGGUAAACCCUGCGGCAGAUUUCAUGGACAACUCGGAAGAUCCAUUUGGUGGAGUGUCCUUUAAUGCUAACCCAGCUGUUAGAAGGAGAAACGCCAAGAGGCAGCAGGGAUUGAGAAAAGAAGCACCGCUUCCAUCCGCAAGGAGUGAUCAAGCUUCUCGUCCGCGUCCCCGGCGACUUUUACCCCAAACACCGGAUAAAGCCCCUGGAGUGACUCAUCCUGCUCAACGGGUUGUAAGUGGACAGGCUAGAAUCCAGGGAACUAGAGUUAUUCACGUGGGGACAUCAAGCCAGGGGCCUAGGAAACCUGAUUCGUAGAUAACUGAAAAUUUGUAGGAAUGUAAAGCAACUUCGUUGCCGGAACGUACUCCCUUCUUUACAUUACAGAUCCCGUCUCACAAACCAUAACGAGUGCGGGGUCUGAGAAGGAGGAUACAAAAAUGAAGGAUUGGGUUGAAAAGGUUCCUUGUUGAAUUGUUCAAGGUUCACAUUUUUUGAGUGCUGCGUGCACUUCACUGGCAAACAAUGAAAAAUCCGACGGCAGGAACUGACAAGUACGUUAAUAAUGCACUUGAUUCAAACAGAUGUUGAGUUUUUGAGACACUUUGUAAUAGUUUCCCUGGUCGAUCAAAAGCUCUUAUGUGAUAAUCUCUGUCAAUUCCAUGUUUAGCUGUUAAUUUUUUCCUUGGUAACUCGUCUGCAGAAACAGUUGUAAGAUCCUAUAGAUAGAAUUAGCUAUUGACCUGGUGAAGUUGUUUUAUACAAUCAUCAAAACAAGUGAUGUCUGUCGUUCAUGCGAAUGCUUAUCCCUCACGCUUUGAACUGAAGAGUAACACCUUAAUUCUUGUAGUCGACCUUUGUACAUGUAUAUUGAUAACAGAAGGUAGAAAAUGGAUUCUGAUAGGUUAUCGACUCACUAAUUAUCUUCUUCUGAUAUCUUCAUUUCAAAGGCUGGAGAGUUUGGAAGGGCUAAAAUUAUUUCGUGAAUCUUUGAAAAGUCAUAGGUCCAAUUGUUAUCUUGCUCAUUGUUCUGUCGUCUAUGUUAUCGCCACGAAACACCUCUGUGGACACAGGUUGCGUGGCAAACGUACUGACGGUUAUUUUCCUGGGCCUGGUUAAUACUAAAAUUGUCAAUAACUGUGCUGGUUCACAGUGUUGUAACCGCGGGGAGUUUUUCCCGCAGGUACCUUUUUCUCGGCUUUUGGGAUGUAGAAGUGAUUGUCUACUUUUUUAAGUACUGUAUAACGAUAGAGGUGCUCGUAAAUAACAGCUUUUUCUACUUCGUCUAGUAAGAGAUCUAAGUGCUAAAUUUCUUAAAUAUUUGUGAUCACCACACUUUCCUUUUAAUACUAUCUUCAGGGUAAUAAUUAUUCUCGUCAUGAGUAGACGUUUUAUAUGAGAAAGAGGAUGUUGAUUACCUUAGAGAAUAAUAAUAACAGGCCCGUGGAUUGUAAGAAAUUCUUUUCUUUUCUUUAAUUUUUACCUCGUCUAGAGAAAUAAGAACUAAAACCCUUUCAAACACA